UGCCAAACCGGAAACGGAAGAUCUGGUCCGAAGUGCCUUCGACCGUAACGUUUGAAGACCGUAUUUUUCGCUGGUACAUUACAACGUUGGAAAACUACGUUUAACGGCGUUUCGCCGGUCGCUGGAAGCUGAGCCAGGAGGGCGGGGCCGCAAUGCCCGAACUAGCUGUGCAGAAGGUGGUGGUCCACCCCCUGGUUCUGCUCAGUGUGGUCGAUCAUUUCAACCGAAUCGGCAAGGUUGGAAACCAGAAGCGUGUCGUUGGUGUGCUUUUGGGCUCAUGGCAAAAGAAGGUACUUGAUGUAUCCAACAGUUUUGCAGUCCCUUUUGAUGAAGAUGACAAAGACGACUCUGUCUGGUUCUUAGACCACGAUUACUUGGAAAACAUGUAUGGAAUGUUUAAGAAAGUCAAUGCCAGAGAAAGAAUAGUUGGGUGGUACCACACCGGCCCUAAACUACAUAAGAAUGACAUCGCCAUCAAUGAACUCAUGAAGAGAUACUGCCCUAACUCAGUGCUGGUCAUCAUUGACGUGAAGCCAAAGGACCUGGGGCUGCCCACAGAAGCGUACAUUUCCGUGGAGGAAGUUCACGAUGAUGGGACUCCCACCUCCAAAACGUUUGAGCACGUGACCAGUGAGAUCGGCGCAGAGGAGGCCGAGGAGGUUGGCGUGGAGCACUUGUUACGAGACAUCAAGGACACUACCGUGGGCACCCUCUCCCAGCGGAUCACAAACCAGGUCCAUGGCCUGAAGGGACUGAACUCCAAGCUGCUGGACAUCCGGAGCUACCUGGAAAAAGUGGCCACAGGCAAGCUGCCCAUCAACCACCAGAUCAUCUACCAGCUGCAGGACGUCUUCAACCUGCUGCCCGACGUCAGCCUGCAGGAGUUCGUCAAGGCCUUCUACCUGAAGACCAACGACCAGAUGGUGGUGGUGUACUUGGCCUCUCUGAUCCGCUCUGUGGUCGCCCUGCACAACCUCAUCAACAACAAGAUCGCCAACAGGGACGCGGAGAAGAAGGAGGGACAGGAGAAAGAAGAGAGCAAGAAGGAUAGGAAAGAUGACAAAGAGAAAGAGAAGGAAAAGAGUGAUGUGAAGAAGGAAGAGAAAAAAGAGAAGAAGUAAGGGCUGGGGGUUUAGCUCAGCGGCAUAAGCGCCUGCCUUUGCAAGCAGGCGGUCGUGAGUUCAAUCCCCGGUACCGAUAAAAAAGAAAAAGACAAAAAACAAAACAAAACAAAAAACACAUGCAUCCAGGCGUGGGGGCUGAGGUGGAAAAUUGACAAGCUGGAGGGUCGGCCUGGGCUCUGCAGUGAGUUCAGGCCAGACUGCAUGACAAAGUAAGAUGCUGUCUCCAAAUGAAGCAAGAAAAAAACAACCAAAAAGUAGCUUUUUAAACUUGUAAAUUAAAAUCUUAUAACUUAAA